UGACGUCCUAAACAGAAGACGUCACUCGCCUGCGACCGCUCGUGUUGUGCGUGGUGGCAUCGUGAUGGAGGUGUGCGAGUCUUCAGGUGUUUCUCUCAGAGAGUUUGGCUGCGAGCAGAGUUUACUGUCCCGACCGGACGGAUCGGCGUCCUUCACACAAGGAGACACAAGUGUGUUGGCCGGAGUUUACGGACCGGCCGAGGUCAAAGUCAGCAAGGAAAUCUAUGACCGGGCAACACUGGAGGUGUUGAUACAGCCCAAAGUGGGUUUGCCAAGUGUGCGUGAGCGAUCACAAGAGCAGUGUGUGCGAGAGACCUGCGAGGCAUCUCUGCUCUUGUCACUCCAUCCUCGCUCCUCCCUCACGCUCGUUCUUCAGGUGAUACACGAUGACGGCUCACUCUUGUCCUGCUUUUUGAACGCUGCCUGUAUGGCUCUCAUGGAUGCAGGCCUGCCAAUGAGUUGCCUGUUCUGUGGAGUGACCUGUGCCAUCGACACAGACGGUCAAAUCAUCACAGACCCCAGUGCAGCUCAGGAGAAGGAAAGUCGAGCUUUGAUGACUUUUGCUAUCGACAGUAAAGAACGCAAAGUCAUGAUGUCCUCGACCAAAGGGUCGUUUUCAGUUCACGAGCUGCAGCAGUGUAUAGCAGUCAGUCAGAAAGCAUCAGAGAAGAUCUUCCAGUUCUACAGAGACUCUGUCCGGCGGCGAUACUCCAAAACCCUCUGAAGAAGAAGCUGUUUUUUUUAUUAGCCUUUUUUUAAAGUACUGAUGUUGUAAUAAAAUAUUAAGCAAACACGUUGGGCUACAUUUGCUUCGGUUCGUUUGUAGUCAGCUGUGCUGCGGGUUAAGUGAGUGAGCAGGACAUUUGUAACAUUUCUACAAAAUAAAAAGACAAAUGUCAAACAAGUGCA